ACAGAUUGAUUUCUCCCAACUAAUAAAGAUUUUAUUUUCUUCCAUAUUUGAAGCAUACGUUGAUCAAUGGCAUCUUCUACUUCAACUUCAUCCAUUCAAAAGAGCUUCAAGUAUGAUGUUUUCUUAAGUUUCAGGGGUGAAGACACCCUUGCGACCUUUGUUGAUCCUCUCUAUCAUGCUCUUCUGGAGAAAGGUAUUACAACUUACAAAGCUGAUGAAAAAUUCGAGAAAGAGGGAAGAAUAGAUGAUCAGCUCAUCCGAUCUAUUCAAGACUCGAGGUUUCACAUAGUUGUAUUCUCCAAGAACUAUGCAUCUUCAUCAUGCUGCUUAGACGAGCUGGUGGAGAUUAUCAAGUGCCAGAAGACAGCCGAGCAGACUACUUACCCCGUCUUCUUUGAUGUGGAACCCACUGAAGUCAGCAACCAAAGUGGGCCAGUUGGAGAAGCAUUUGCCAAACUUGUUGCCAAACAUGAAAAGGGAAGCGGGAUGUUCUCCUUCUUUAAUCUGUUCACAAGGAAGAGGAAGAGGACGUCUGAAGAUGUAGAUCAGGAAAAGGAAGAUAAUGUUGGAAGAUGGAGAGAUGCUCUCAAAGAAGCAGCCUGCCUGACUGGGAUGGAGUUAAAAAACACUUUUAAUGGGUGUGAAGCUAAAUAUAUCCAGCAAGUUGUUGAAGAGGUUUCGAGAAAGCUACAAUUCUUUAAUUUGAGUGUUGAUGGGAAGUUAGUAGGCAGGGAAACCCAGGUGAUUGGAGGUGGUGGGGAGACCACUUUGGCGAGAAAUAUUUGUGAUCAUACAUCCAUUCGACUUGAAGGUGAAAGCUCUGUUGGAAAGAGGUUCAAGUAUGAUGUAUUUUUGAGUUUUAGGGGUGAAGACACCCGUAAGACCAUUGUUGAUCAUCUCUAUCAUGCUCUUCACAACCGAGGCAUUAUAACUUACAAAGAUGACGAGAAAAUCGAGAAAGGGAAAAGGAUUAAUGAUCAGCUCAUGAGAUCCAUUGAAGACUCGAGAAUUUACAUCAUUGUAUUCUCCAAGAACUAUGCAUCUUCAUCGUGGUGCUUAGACGAGCUCGUCCAGAUUAUGGAGUGCCACAAGACGACCGGGCGGACUGCUUACCCUGUUUUCUUUAAUGUGGAACCCACUGAAGUCCGCCACCAAAGUGGGGCAGUUAAAGAAGCCUUUGCCAAACAUGAAAAGAAAGAUGCUGCUGGAAAAUGGAGAGAUGCUAUGAAAGAAGCAGCUGAUUUGGCUGGGAGAGAGUUAAAGACUACUUCUGAUGGAUAUGAAGCCAAAUUCAUACAAAAAGUUGUUGAAGAUAUUUCACUAGAGCUACGUUUCAUUGAUUCGAGUGUCGAUGAAAAAUUAAUAGGCAUGGAGACCCGUGUAAAGGAAGUACUUUCAAAUAUAGAAGCUGAUUCUGAUGAUGUUCACGUAAUAGGGAUCAAGGGGAUUGGAGGUGGUGGGAAGACGACUUUGGCUAGAGCUGUUUUUAAUUAUAUCUCCAUUUGGUACGAAGGUAAAAGCUUUGUUGAGAAUGUCAGAGAAGCAUCAAAAGGCUCUGGUUUGAAGAAAUUGCAACAACAGGUCCUUAAAGAUGUGUUGAAUGAUAAAAGCAUUGAUAUAACAAGUGUUUACGAAGGAGAAAUGAUGAUGAAAAAAAUGUUGGGUAGUAGAAAGGUACUUGUUGUUCUGGAUGAUGUGGAUGAUAUCGAGCAGCUUGAGGCGUUAGCAGGUGAGCAUAGUUGGUUUAAGUCAGGAAGUACAAUCAUCAUUACAACAAGAGAUGAGCAUGUGUUGGUUGCACACCAAGUGAAGUCUAUUCUUGAUGUCAAUCUGUUAUCGCACGAGGAAGGAAUUCGCCUCUUCAGUAAGUAUGCAUUUGGUAGAGAGAUUCAAUCGAAGGGUAUGAAGAGCUCUCAAGAAAAGUUGUACAUUAUGCUGCAGGGCUUCCCUUAACAAUCAAAG